AAUCCAUUAACGCGUCUCUUGCGUUUCCUUGACCUCCAACGAUCGUCAUCGACCACCGACCGCCUCGACCACAACCAUCACUAGAGGACAAGACGGCGCACGCGAGUCCUCCGCCGGCGCUCAAGCAGCUUUUGCAACAAAACGAAAAAAGAAAAAAAAAUAACCAAGCGACAUCCAACCCGCAUCAACCGCAAUGCCCGCGAAGCGCAGACCGCCGACGACAGGUCCGCCCGCCGCGGACGUGCCGCGCCCCCGCGCCUCGAAGCUCGCCAAGGAGCACAACAUCUCGGCCCAGGAGGAGCGCGAGAUCCGCGAGGCCUUCUCCCUCUUCGCCGAGCCGAUGAAGGGCCGCCCGAAGGAGGGCGUGAUCCCCACGGCGGACGUGCGGUCCUGCCUCGUCGCGCUCGGCAUCCCGCCCGCGACGCGCCAGGAGCAGGCCGAGUUCGUCGAGAUCCUGGACCCCGACGGCGAGGGGUUCGUCGACUUCGAGCCCUUCUUCGCCGUCUGCGCGCUCAAGUACCACCAGCGGGGCCAGCAGAGCAGCAUGGAAGAGAGGGGGCGCGAGGUUGAAGAGGCCUUUGCCCUGUUCACCGGGGCGGGCGCGGGCGGCGCCGCCGCCGCCGCCGCCGCCGUGGGCCCGCGGGACGUCAUCACGAUCGCGGACCUGAAGAGGGUCGCCAGCGUGCUGAGGGAGGACGUCAAGGAAGAGGUGCUGCGGGACAUGAUCCUCGAGGCCAACGGCGGCGCGGGUGUGGGCAAGGGCGUGAAGAAGGAGGAGUUCGAGGAGGUCAUGCGCCGCGCCGGGGGUUUGGCGAGAGAUGAAAGGAUACAUUAGGGAGGGGGAGCUUUGCUGUUUGGUCUGGCAUUAUACCCACGGAGCCUGGCGUUUUGGGAAAGCACGGGAAGGGGAACUGGUGUCGAUUCUUCUUUUUCUUUUUUUCUUUCAAGUCUCUUUGGUGGGUAUAGGAAUCGAAUCCAUCUUUUUUACUGCCACCGAACUCAUUUACUGGUUGAGUUUGACAGUACAAGCUAGCUCUCUCUCUGUGUUGGACUGUAGACCUGUCAUUGGUAGGCGGUACUAGUAAUAACGAUUCUAUCUGAUCUCAGCGCAGCCCGCAUGCCGUCGGUGGGCG